AUGUCCACCCUACACGAACUCCUUCAUAGACAGCGACCAGGACAAUGGCAAAAGUUCUGGGCCAGACCUUGCGUUUAUCUUGCAGAAACUCUAUACAGCUGGCAUAAACCUAUUCCAGCUACGCCACUCACAAAUCCCAUUGCGGUUGUCUGUAUUUCCGAUACUCACAACGCCCAAGUCGACAUUCCUGAUGGAGACAUCCUUAUCCAUGCUGGUGAUCUCACACAAGCCGGAUCUUUCCAGGAAAUCCAGAAUAUACUCACUUGGCUAGAUGGCCUGCCUCAUCCUAUCAAAAUUGUGAUUGCUGGUAAUCAUGAGCUGUUACUUGAUUCAACACGGGAUGAUAUUUCUGGUCGAGCAGCCUCUGAGCGAGCUCAACUUGAUUGGGGCGGUAUAAUCUACCUAGAAAACGAGGAAGUGACGGUUUCCUGCCUAAAUGGUCGUCAACUCAGGGUCUACGGAAGUCCUUGCACCAUCCGCCAUGGUAGCUGGGCCUUUCAAUAUCCUCGAAACCAAGAUUUAUGGACUAGUUCAGUACCAGAUGGAAUUGACGUGCUUAUUACUCAUAGCCCGCCACUUGCUCAUCUUGACCUCCUCGGGUUUGGCUGUCCUUAUCUCCUACAGACCCUAUGGAGAGUACGACCAAAAUUACAUGUAUUUGGCCAUGUACAUGAAGGUUAUGGAACAGACUGGGUGUUGUUCGAUGGACUCCAAGGGGCGUAUGAGCGUACCGUCGCUGCGGGAGGGGGCCUUUUUAAUCUUUUGCUUACAACUUGGGGAUUUUUCAAGGCAUAUUUGCGCCCGCACGUGGAAGCAAAAUGCUUGCUUAUAAACCCUUCCACCGUUGGAGGUUUGCGGGAUGAUGAACGAAGGCGACCUAUCAAAGCCUUGAUCUAA